CCUUCUUUUUCUUUUUUUCCUUCCUCAUUUAAAACCUCUGAACUGAUGAAGUUGGCUUAUGCUAUCUGUCUGUGGCAGUGCUGGCACAGCUCAGAUCCCUGCUGCUUUCUUGACCCUGUGUCAGUGCCAAGGAAUGUGACCUGGGUGAAGAUAACUGGAGGGUUACUGAGGGCUCCUUCAGCUCAAGGAAGUAGUGUCCUGCCAGGCUGGGCCAGGCUCUGGGACUGUGUCUGCGUGGGCGUGUCAGUUUAAGCCUAGCAUGGGAGUGGUGUGGCACAAAUACAAGCGUAACACAGCGACGGUAGCGUCAGCCGAGAAGAAAUGGCAUCAGCAGCUCCCGCUCCAACCACCACCUCAGCACAGCCCAGCCUGCCGACUGGACUGGCCGUGUUUAAGACAGUCCCCUACGUGUUCAUGCUACCUGAGAUAGUCUGUGGGGCCUGGGUCUGGAUCCUCGUGGCUGCUACCUCCGUCUCCUCCCCACUGCUGCAGGGAUGGGUGAUGUACGUGUCCCUAACCUCCUGCCUCCUCUCCCUGCUGCUCCUUUUAAGUUACCUCUUGGGAUUUCACAGAAACAGCGAGAAGUGGAGAGUGCUGGACAGUUUGUACCACGGUGCUACAGCCAUUUUGUAUAUGAGUGCUGCUGUCUUGCAAGCCAACGCGACCAUCGUCUCUGAGUCAAGCUUUAACUCAGCACUGUACUACCAGCUCAACAGUGCUGCAUCGUUCUUUGCCUUCACCACGACCUUCCUGUACAUCCUUCAUGCCUUCAGCAUCUACUACUACUGAGUCUGGGGGAGCCAACAGCCUUUGCAACUGCAAAAUGACAGCUUUCCCGGAGCGAGAAAAGUACCUGUUUUCUACGAGGAUUUCCCUGCAUUGACACUGGAUUGUGCCCCGUGGAGAUGAUGUGCUUUUUUGUCACUGCAUUGAAGGAGGGAUUUUUGUAUGGUA